GCCGUCGUCGUCGUCGUAGUUGUUUUAAUAGAAGUGGCAGCAGCAGCAGCAUCUGAACUGCAACAACAACAAGUGGAAACAACAAGUAACCCAUAAAAGCCGCCAAAAUGCUUCCGUUGCGGCGUGGAGCAGCCUGGCAAUCUCUGCUUUUGCUCUGUGCGCUCGCCUAUUGCAUAAAUGUGGCGCAAGGAGAUGGUCGAGUGGUUUGCUAUUAUACGAACUGGAGUGUUUACAGGCCCGGCACGGCCAAGUUCAAUCCACAGAAUAUAAAUCCGUAUCUAUGUACACAUUUGGUUUACGCCUUUGGCGGAUUUACCAAGGACAAUCAGAUGAAGCCCUUUGACAAAUAUCAGGAUAUAGAGCAGGGCGGCUAUGCCAAGUUCACGGGCCUGAAGACCUACAACAAGCAGCUGAAGACAAUGAUUGCCAUUGGUGGCUGGAACGAGGCCAGCUCGCGAUUCUCGCCACUUGUCGCCAGCUCCGACAGACGCCAGCAGUUCAUUAAGAACAUAUUGAAAUUCUUGAGGCAAAACCAUUUUGACGGCAUCGAUCUCGACUGGGAGUACCCGGCGCAUCGUGAGGGCGGCAAGUCCAGAGAUCGGGAUAACUAUGCGCAGUUUGUUCAAGAGCUGCGCGCCGAGUUCGAGCGCGAGGCGGAGAAAACUGGACGCGCUCGUUUGCUGCUCACCAUGGCCGUGCCCGCGGGCAUUGAGUACAUUGACAAGGGCUACGACAUUCCUAAGCUGAACAAAUACUUGGAUUGGUUCAAUUUGUUGACCUACGAUUUUCACUCAUCCCACGAGCCGAGCGUCAAUCAUCAUGCGCCGCUUUAUUCGCUCGAGGAGGACUCCGAGUACAACUAUGAUGCCGAGUUGAAUAUUGAUUACUCCAUCAAAUACUAUCUGAAGGCUGGCGCAGAUCGCGACAAGCUCGUCUUGGGUAUACCCACCUAUGGUCGUUCCUAUACGCUGAUCAAUGAAGAGAGCACCGAGCUGGGCGCACCGUCCGAGGGGCCAGGCGAGCAGGGUGAUGCCACCAGAGAGAAGGGCUAUCUAGCUUACUAUGAGAUCUGUCAAACGUUGAAGGACGAUCCCGAGUGGACGGUGGUGCAGCCGAAUGCGAAUGUAAUGGGUCCUUAUGCCUAUAGACGCAAUCAGUGGGUGGGCUACGAUGAUGAGGCCAUAGUGCGAAAGAAGGCGGAGUAUGUGGUGGCCCACGGACUGGGCGGUAUUAUGUUCUGGGCUAUAGACAACGACGAUUUCCGUGGCAGCUGCAGCGGCAAGCCGUAUCCACUGAUCGAAGCAGCCAAGGAGGCAAUGAUAGAAGCUUUGGGACUGGGCAUCAAUGAAGUGGCCAAGCCAAGCGCACCACAGAAGCCUUCACGCUCUAGAACCAACAAUAGCAAUCGCAAUCGCUUGAACUCACAGCCAGAGGCGAGCACCAGACGCAGCAGUCCAACCAGACGUCCCGCCAGCAGCAGCACCAGCACCACUAGCGCACCCACACCCAGCACCACCAUACGCUUGACCGAAGCAGAGGGCUCCUCGCUUUAUAUAGGCGGACGCGCUUUCACCACCCCGCCACCACCUACAACACCCGAUCCAGGUUCGGACUUCAAGUGCGAGGAGGAGGGUUUCUUCCAGCAUCCACGCGACUGCAAGAAGUACUACUGGUGUCUGGACAGCGGUCCCUCCGGCCUGGGCAUUGUGGCGCAUCAGUUUACCUGCCCGUCCGGACUCUAUUUCAAUCCAGCAGCUGAUUCCUGCGACUUUGCGCGCAAUGUGCCCUGCAAGACCAAAAAAUCUACAACAGCUGCACCUGCCAGCAGCACCACUAGCACCACCACUACUGCACGCCCCACCAGCAGCUACAAUCGUGUGACUGCUGCGCCACCAGCGCGUCCAAUUUACCCACGUGUAACCACUAGCACCACCAGCACCACUACAACAACUACGACUACAACCACGCCCAGACCUGCUGAGCCCGAAAGCGUUGAGGAAAGCGACGAUGAGACAAUCAGCAAGACAAGCAUCAACGAAGAAGAUCCGCAGGUCAUUAAGGAGCUCAUCGAUUUGAUACGCAAAGUGGGCGGCGUGGAGCAGCUGGAGAAGCAUUUGCUGCGCAACAAGGACGGCUCCAUUACAUUGAAAGAGAACUCGGCCAGCGGUGUAGCGACUACACCCUCCACCAUAAGCAAAUCCCUGUACGAUCGCGUGCUCAAUCGCCCGGGCACGUUCAGCAGCUUCACACGCAAUCGUCUUAACAGUCUGAGUCUCAGUCAAGCCAGCGAAGCAGCCACCGAGUCCACAGUUCGCAGCCAGUCGUCGUCGUCGGAUACGGAGAGCAGCAGCUACCAGAGCAGCAGCUUCAACUCCAACUCCAAGUACUCCUCAGUGCUGCGCGGCAACAGUCGCAAGGGUCCGCAAAAUGAGGGCAUCGAGAAAUUGGCAGAGACCGAUGGUUUCCUCAAGGAGCGCAAGCAGUAUGUGACUAUCAAUCGCAAUCGCGGCGCAUCACAUGCUGCAGCUGCUGAUGAGGAGGAGCUAGAAGCAGAGGCGGAAUCGGAUGCUGAGGCAGAGCAGGCGGAGGCAACCACCAGACGCUCGUUUAGUGCAGUCACGCCCUCCUAUACAAGUUUGAGACGUGCGCGUCCCAGCAAUGCACCAGCAGCAGCAGCUGCAGCUGAUGUCGAGUCCGAGGAGGAAGAAGAGCAGCAGCAGCAUGUGGUGGAGCAGACAGCAGGCAAGCGGCAGCAGACGCAAGUCAAGUCGUAUACCACACUUAGCCGCACUAGAGGACGCACCACGGAACGCGCGGACAGCAACGAGGCGGAGUCAGUUAGUUCAACAACGAAUCGCUACAAAUAUUUGGAACGCACGCGACCCACCAAGAGCAGUGGUGCAGCUGUUGAAGAGCAGGAUGAGACCGAUGAGGAGCAUGAGGAGGAGUUCGAGGAUGAGCCGCAACAGCAAAAUGUAACGGUACAAAGAAAAUAUCAAACCAACAACAACAACAACAACAACAACAACACCAUAACAACCACAACAACUACAACAACAAAUACACGUAAAUACGCGAGUGUUGGCCGCAGAAAUCCAACCACAACCACAACAACACCAGAAACUACAACAACAACAGUCACCGGCACUGAGAUUGUCAAGGCCAGCACCAACAGCAACAACAACAACAACAGCAGCAACAGUGAUAACAUUAAUAACUUAACCACAUCCGAACCCCUAACGAGCACCACCAAUGCCCCCUCAACAUCAACAAUCACCACUAACGAAACCACUGAACCAAUUAAUAGCACUAGCAAUAACCAAACACCCACACCAACAACACCUACACAAACACCCACCAAUACACCAACAUCCAUACCCACCACUAUCCAAACACCUACCACCACCACCACCACCGGCAGCAUCGACUCAUUUGCUCUGGUCGAUAGCAUCAAUGAUAUGUUUGAGCCACAGUACACCACUCAAAUGCCAGUCAAUGAGCCAAGCGAUGCUUUCCCCAAUACCAAUCUUAACGAACUAGCACAGGUUGUUGAUUCAACAACAACACCAACACCAACGACUACAACAACAACUACGGCAGGAACUGGCAACAACGUUGACGAUACCAUUGACGCUGACGCGGACAAGCAAACGAAUGAGGUAACCAUAAACACAAAGACACAAACUAAAUACACCAACAGCAAUCGCCAACGUAUACACACCAACAACAACAAGAACUACAAUGCUGAAGCUGUCAACGAUGCUAGUCCCACAAUUGGUGUAAAUAUAAUUAGAAAUUCCUAUACGGCGGGUAGAAGGCAAACACAACGAACCCAACAACAACAACAACAAGAACAACUUGAAUUUACCUCAACAACAACCGAACUACCUUUGAGCAGUGUAUCUAGUCCUCGACCCUUUGGUUUCCCCAGACGUCAAACACGUCCCACAAUCACUAAACCACCAACCACAGUCCAAACACCCAAUGAUAGCGUUAACAAAACACAAAGCGAUUCUAGUUCAAGCAUAGUCCGAACUCGACUAGCCCAAACGGAUAGGGCCAAGUUGCCGCUUGUGGCACGUGGCAAGACGCAGUCACCAGCUGCUGCUGUUGGCAGCGCUGACGAUAGCAACACAGCAGCUGAGCGCGACUCAAAUGAGUUUGAACAGCAUUCAAGCAGCAGCAACAGCAGCAAAACAGCAACUGCAACUGAGUUAGAGUCUGAUUUAGCAGCUGAGCUGGAUGAAUUGCUGGAUGCAGAAGUUAGCACCACACAGCGCUCAAUACAACGCAGUAGAGCAACAACAACAACAGCAGCAACAACCAGCAGCAGCACAGUAAAGUCCUCUAGACGUCGUGGCAGCAACACGCCAACAACAACCAGCAGCAGCACAGCUCAGCCAAUUGUUAAUAAGUCUACAAGACGUUUUGUUAAUCGCGGCAGCAAUACAUACACAAGACCAACAACAGCAGCAGCAACAACAACAGCAGCGACUGCAACUGAAGCUAGCAGCACACGCAGACAUUCUAGUAGAGCAACAACAACAGCAACUUCAACUGAAGCUAGCAGCACACGCAGACAUUUUAGUAGAGCAACAACAACUGAGCAACCUGAAACAACUACAAUAACAACUGCAACAGCAGCAGCAACUGCGCUGCCCAGACGCCGUGUUGUAGUCAGAGGCAACUAUAGACCCAGCAAUAAGGAAGAUCCAUCCUCGCUGCUUGCCGGCGAUGCAAACAAGCGACGUCGCGUUAAUGCAGAGCAAGCCACAGAGCAGCAGAGCGAAGAGCUUCAAGGUGAUGCAGCAGCAGCAGCAGCAGCUGAAGCCAGAGCUGGAGCAAGAACUCAGACAUUGGCUGCUCGCAAUCGCACGUACAGUCAGACGGAGCGACUGGGCAAUGGCGUAACACGCACACGCACCACAUAUGUGCGCACUCUGGAUGCCGGCAAGGUGGUGAAGCGCGUGCACACCAAGACCAUCGAGGAGAAGCCCGCUGAGUAUGAGUAUAUUGUAGAGGAGUCAAGCGAGCCGACGGUGAGCAGCACAGCGCGCAGCAUAACGCGCAGUCGCGGCGCUGUCAAAUUCCAGAGCAACGAUUUGAGCUCGCUGCUGGCACUAGACAUUGCUGGGCGAGAUCGCAGCCAUGCCAGACAGCAGCAGCAGACGCAGCGCACUCAAACCCGACGACGACUGCUGAAGAAGCCCAAGGAAGUGAUUGAGCAUGAGGAAGUGCAGGAGUUUGUCUACGAUAGCGAUAACAACAAUGACUUGGAGCAAGAGGAGCUAAGCACUAGCAGACCCACUGCCACAGCCAGACGCAGAGGCAACAGCAGCAGCAGCAGCAGAACAGCAACUGAGCAAGCAGUAAGAACUGCAAGUCGAGUCAGCAGCACCACUCAGCAUAGCGUUCCCACUACGCGUCGCGUGCUGAGCUUCAAGCGUCCUUUGAGCACCACUAAGACGCCUGAGAUUGAGGCUGAGACAGAAACAGAGGCAACGACUACAAAGCCGCGUCAGGGCUACUUCAAGCGCAUUAAUACCAAGAGCACCACCAGCAACACCUCUAACGCAGCUGAAACUGAAGCUGAGACUGAGACAGAGAAUGCAAAGCUGGGACAGAGUUUCGUCAAGGGAUCCAAAACUGAAACAAUCAGCACCACCAUUCACACAACUGGGGCUGACACUGAGACGCAGACGAAGCCACGUCAGGGCUACUUCAAGCGCAUUAAUACUGAGUCCAAGAGCAUCAACAGCAGCUCUAACACGCCUGUGAUUGAGACUGACGCUGAGACAGCGACAGAGAAUGCAAAGCUGGGAAAUAAAUUCGUCAAGGGAUCCAAAACUGAAACAACCAGCACCACCAUUCACACAACUGGGGCUGACACUGAGACAGACACGGAGACGAAGCCAAGACAGGGCUACAUAAAGCGGCUCAAAACGCAAACUAUAACCACCAGCAACACCGCCAACGCAGCUGAGACUGAAGCUGAGACUGAGACAACAAAAACGGGUCACAGUUUCUUCAAGCGAAUUAAUACGGAGACCAAGAGCGUCAACACCAAUGCGCCUGAAACUGAAACUAAAGUUGUGGUUGAGACUGAGGCAGCGACUGCAAAGCCGCGUCUGAGCUACAAGCAUUUUAAAUCUGAGACAAUCACUAGCAACAGCAACACAGCCAACACGCCUGUGAUUGAGACUGAGACUGAGGCUGAGUCUGAGACCGAGACAGAGAAUGCAAAGCUGGGAAAUAAGUUCGUCAACACUGAAACAAGCAGCACCACCAUACACCACACUGGUGGAGCUGAGACAGAGACUGAGACAAAGACACGACAGGGAUACGUCAAGCGAAUUAGAACUGAGACAAGCAGCAACGCCAACUCCAACACGCCUGUGAUUGAAACAGAGUCUGAAACUUUAAGACCGCGUCAGGGUUACGUUAAACGUAUUAGAACCGAGACAAUCAGCAGCACCAACUCCAAUACGCCUGUGAUUGAAACUGAGACUAAGAUUGAGAUAACGAAGCCACGACAGGGCUACGUUAAAGGGCUUAAAACUGAGACAACCACCACAACCACCACCACCACUGGCGAUCACUUGCAGCAGCAACUUGGCAAUGCUGUCAGCAAUCAACUGCAAGUCGAUAAGGCAACAGCUACAGCAGACAAAUUAUCGUUGCCCAUUUAUCAUCGCCGCAAAUAUUUUCAGUAUGUGAAGGACUCGCCCAUAACCUAUGUGGAUAAGUCAACAACCACUGCGGGCGGGCAGCAGCAGCAGCAGCAGAGCUCCAGCUCCAGCACCAGUGCUGUCAACAUAGAGCAGCAAAUACGCGAUGUGUUCAAUGUGAGUGAGAAUGAAACGACUGAGCAGUUUGAGCAGCGUCUUGCCCUGGAGCAGGCGCAAGAGAUUAACUCCGAGCUGGCUCAUUUUUUACUGUAAACCCCCGGGUCAAUGUAGAAUGCGCAGCAGCAGCGACAGCCCAAAGGGUUUAGAAUAAAUCCAGCCAAGGAUGAUGCAAAAAUUGUGCAAAUAUCGCUGCUGGCAAAGCAGCAGCGGCCCGAGGAUGAGGCGCGUGCUCUGCGCACUUAUACGCAACUGCAGCGCAAGCAAAUUGCUGGACAGCAGCCAACUGAGGAGAGCAGCACACGUCGCGGCUACAGCAAUCUGAGUCGCCAGCGCACUACAGCGCCACCUAGUGUUGAGCUUAGCAAUGAUGAUGAGCUGCAAGCAGAACUGGAGGAAGCAACAACAGCAGCAGCAGCAGAUCAAGAGCAGGCAGUUGAAACUACAACACGCCGGCAACUGUUGCUGACGCGGCGUCGCUUUAAUGCAACACUAGCAACCACUGAGCGAACGCAGCAAAAUCUGGAUAAUGAUAAUGAAAUUGAAAGCAAGCGCACAACAACAACAGCAACAAAUGCACGCCGGCAAUCGCUACUUAGUCGUCGCUUUAAUGCAACAGCCAGCAGCAGCAGCAGCAGAACAACAACUGCCAAACCCAGAACGCCAGUCGUGGAUAAUGAAUUGGAUGCUGAGAGCGUAGAUGAGGAAGAACAUGAGGGCCUUGAAGUAAAAGAGUCAACAGCAACAGCAAAUGCACGCCGGCAAUUGCUCUUAAGGCGUCGCUUUAGUUCAACAACUGCCACGCCCACACUGGAUAAUGAAACUGAGAGCAAGGCUGAGGAAGAAGUCAGUAAGUCUACAGCAACAGUAACAGCAAAUGCACGCCGCCAAUUGCUGCUGCGGCGACGCUUGAAUACAACAACAACAGCAGCAGCAACAAGUGCCACGCCCACUUCGCCAAGCAGCGAUAAUGAAGUGGAUGAUGAAACUGAGAGCAAGCAGGAGCAGGAAAAUGAAAGCAGCAAAGGCGCAACAAUAACAGCAAACGCACGCCGGCAAUUGUUGCUGCGCCGUCGACCAAUUACAACAACAGCAACACCAACAACAACUGAAACAAAUGAAGAGAAUGCUGAAGAUGAGAGCAAGGACGAGCAGGAGAAUGUUAAAACUGAAGUGAACGAGUCGACAGCAACAGCAAAUGCACGUCGGCAAUUGCUGCUGCGGCGUCGCCCAAGCUCAACAACAACAGCAACACCAACAACUGAUGCGCCCAGCACGCAGGUCAAUGAUAAUGAAGUGGAUAUUGAAGCUGAGAUAAAGGAUGAAGAAGAAAACGAGAGCACUGAAGUAAACGAGUCUACGGAGGCAGCAGCAGCAACAACAACAGCAACUCCUAGUGAACUAAAUUCAACAACAACAGUGACUCAAACAGAAUUAGCAGACAAAACUGAAACUGAACUUGAAGAACAGAAAACUGAAGCUGAAGUGAGGACAGAGACAACAACUGUUGUGCCCACAGCACGCCGGCAAUUGUUGCUGCGACGUCGUUUAAAUUCAACAACAACAGCUGCCGAGGCCAAUGCAUUGGAGAAUGAAACUGAGAGUAAAGCUGAGGAACAAAAUGAGAAAACGGAAUCUACAAAACCAGCAACAGCAAAUGCACGCCAGCAAUUGCUGCUGCGACGUCGCAUAAGUUCAACAACAACAGUUGCUACUCCCAAGGAUAAUGAAGUGGCUGAUGAAAGCGAGACUAAGGAUGAGCACACGGAAGUGAAGGUGUCAACAACAGCAACAUCUAAUGCACGCCGGCAACUGUUGGCGCGUCGUCGCUACAACCCAACAACAACAACAACAGCUAAAGCAACAGCUGCAGAUGAAAAGCAAGAAACUGUAACCGAAGCAACUGCACGCCGACAAUUGUUGGUGCGGCGUCGCUUCAAUGCAACAGCAAGCAGAACAGCUGCGCAGACAAAAACAGAAACUGCUGAAGAGAAUGAAAUUGAAGCGACAACAACGCGACGUCAGUUGCAGCUGCGCAAACGCUUCAAUGCAACAGCAACGGCAACAGCGGCAACAGCAGCAACAACAGUUGAUGCUACAACGGAGCAGAGCGUGUUAGAAGCAAGCACACGUCGUGCCUAUGGAGCGCUGAGCCGCACACGCAAUCGCUUUGCAGCAAAUCGCACGGGAGCAGCAGAAACAAUUGUUGAAGACGACACCAACAGCAGCAGCAACAAUGAGCAAGCGGCAACAGCAGGCGGCUUGGUGCAAACGAAUCGACAUCGAGCGCUGUUUGGGCGGCAGGAGCAGCCCGGCAGCAAUCGCUUUGGACAACGCACGACAGCAACACCAAUAAGACAAAGCACAAGCACGCGACGCAAUCUGGUGGCGUACAAGCGAGUGAAGCCACAGGCGGAGCAGGAUAAUGAGUAUGAAGAAGAAGAGGAAGCACAAGAGUAUGAUGAGGAGCAACAGGUUGAGCUGAAGCCAACGCCGCGUUCAGCUUUAAGUCAAUUGCUUGCCAGCAGACAACGAACAAUACAGAAACAGACACGAACAGAGACUGAAGCAGAACAGACAGCUGAAGAGAGUACUGAUGAUGAUGAUGAUGAUGAAGAAGAAGCGGGUGAAGAGGUAUCAAUUACUAAAACCAGCACAAAAACUAAUCGCAACAGCAACAUUACUAAUCAGAGCAAUAGACUCCCAGUAGUUAGUUCUAGUCGUAGUCAAAGCACCGUAGCCAAUUAUUUCAAUAAGCGUUUAAGGUUUAACAACAACAACAACAACAACAGCAGCACUUACAACAACAACAAAGACACAACACAAAUCAAAGUCACUGCUGCUAACUUAGCGACAGUUGAUGCUGAUGAUAACGAUAGCCAUAACGAUAACGAUAAUUUUAAUUUAAAUGUGAAUGUGAAGGGGUCAACUGAACGUGUUGUCGGUUUACAAGCCAUAGGUACUGACGUUAAUUCUAAACGACGUUUUCAGAAUCGUUUUCAAUCAAGCCGCACAAGAGGCACGACCAGCACCACCCAAGCUACAACAACAACAACAGCACCAGCAGCAGCGGCAACAGCAACAGCGCAACGCUUUGCUUACGGCUCACGCAGUCGUGCUCAGGUAACUAAACUAAAUCAAAUAGUCAAUGAUGAUGAAGAUGAAGAGAACGUUGCUGAUGAUGAUGCUGCUGAUGAUGAUGCUGAUGAUGAUGACAACCUUCAAGCUGAAAUUGAAGAUGCCACUGACGCAACACCAACAACAGCGCCCAAUAGCGACGCUAAGCCGACACUUAAACGCAUACGCGUAAUCAAAUAUCAUAGACCGUUGCAUUUAGACAGUAGUAGCAACACCACUAAUAGCGCCAAUCAGACAGACACUAGCAACACGCACAACAUUAUUAGCAACAACACCACCACAACAACAACAACAACAACAAUAAUCAGCGACACCAACAAUACAAACACCAACAACACCAACACGAAACGUUUUCGCAAAAUUGUGCGCAAGCUGCGACCAGUGAAUGCAACAAGCCAUACGCAAGAGCAAUCGGAGCUGCUGCGUCUGCGCAAUAAACUCAAAGCGGAGCAGGCAGCGAGCAGCAGCAGCAGCGGCGAGCAGGGCGUGCUAAGCAAUCGACUGCAAAAGCUGCUGGUGGAGAAAGCCAAUGCAGUAACUGAAGCGGCUGCAGCUGCUGUUGCUGCAGCUGAAGAGCAGAGCACGCCAGCAAGCAUUGCUGCUGGCUCAACAGUGCGUCCAUUCUUCAGACGCAAACUGAUUGCCAAGCGUCCGUAUGCGCCCAAUGCUGCCACGCCCACCAAGGCAACGCCUGCAUUUAGCAGCACGCGUCCCACUGCCAAAUUCACGCGUCGCAAGAACGGACGCUUCGAUCCAUUCAACUCGAGUGUGCGCAACAAGGGCGAAGGCUUUGUGCGCAAUGAUCCGCGUGGCCAAGCGCUGCCAGGCACUGAGCGCUACAAGCAGCAGCAGCAGCAGCAAGAGGAAGAAGAAGAGCUGCAUAUAAAGCAAGAGCAGCAACAGUUGGAGCAGCCAGCGCUGCGUCGACCAUUUGUGCCCAAGAGCAAGCCAAAGCAGCAGGCAGCUGCUGAAGAGCACAAUGCUGCUGCUGAUGAUGAUGACGACGAUGAUGAUGAUGAUGACGAUGAUGAUGACGACGACGACGAUGAUGAUGAUGAUGAUGAUGAUGAUGACGACAAUGCUGAUGAUGCAGAGCAGCAGCAGAAGAAGCAGACAGAGCAGCCAGACAAACAAGCCGCAAGCGUUUCAAACUUCCGUCCCAAGGAGAAUCGCGUGCCGCCUGGCAAUCGUCCCAGUUUUGCAGCCACUGGCAGCGCCGGCAAUGUGCCAUUCAAUUCACGCACGCGCACUGCCAGCUCAACGCCAGCGAAUCGCAAUGCCAGUCAACGCCCACGCGUAAUCAAUCGUCCGGCAGGCGUAGCCACGCCCAAUUUAACGCUGCGUCCCAUAGCCAAGAAUUAUGAGCGCACCACACCGCUAACCCCGCUGAAGCCAGCGCCAUUUAUUCCCAGCAAUACGCGCAGCUAUGAGCGCAAGUACGCAGGACCUUCGACCGAAACCUCACCCGAGCUGGUCAGCGACAAUCCGCUGAUCGAGGAGCUCAACAUUGAUGCGCUGAAUGCGCGCAAUAAGAAAAUCUUUGAUAUACAUAGCAAGAAGCAUACGACGACGCUCAAGCCCAAGCUGAAGGAGGAGCAGGAGCAAGAGGAGUCUGAGGAUCAGGGCUACGUAACAACCACAGCACGCACACCACCAACAACAACAACCAACAACAACAACAACACAACAACAAUUAACAACAACAACACUCAAACAACAGACACUGACUCAAGCCAAUUGUUUGCUCAUGCUACAAACAUCUCUUCAUCAUCUUCACAGGAUGGCGCCACCACAUCGGCACCACCGCCAGCCACAACGCUGCUUCAUGUGUUUACGCUGCUCGAGGGCGAUGCGGAGUCAGAUAUGGGCGAGCAAAAGUCAACGGGUGCACCACCAGGCAGCAAGACGCAUCAGGUGGUGCCCAAGCACAAACUAAUUGAGAUCAAUCGCAUUGUUGAGAUUAAUUCCAAGCAGGCAAAGGCAGCGCAGCGCAAGUCGAAGGCGAAUCAAGAGUUUGGCACGCUGCGCGUCGAAUCGCUGCCGCAUGUCGAGCAGCUGGGCGAGAUUAGUGUUGUCAAGUAUGUGCAUCUGGUGGACGGCAGCGAUAUACAAAUCAAUGCUGGCCACAGCACCGUUGCCGACUAUACACCCACCGAGCCGACAAUGCCACAACGCAGUAGCAGCAGCAGCAGCAGUAGCACCCCAGUGCGCAAUAGCGUGCCACAAAGUGAGCAGGAGCAGGAGGAGCAGGAGCAACAGCGCAUUGGCAAGUCGCUGCUGCCGGAGAUAAUACGCGAUACGACCAUAGAAACCUCCACCAUAUCGCUGGAGGGAUUGUUCGACUCGACGCGUCAGGCCAAGCAGCUGAACAGCAAUAGCAUUGCCUUGGAUGUGGAUACAGCAACGGAAAUGGGCAUGGAAACGGAAACGGAAGCGGAAGCGGAAACGGAGAGCACCAUGUUGCCCACGCUGGUGACAACAACAGUGUUGCCCACAUAUGUAAGACCGAUUGUACCCCUAUUGCGUCCCGAAUCCAAUGAAUCCUCACCCCUAAUCAUCUCGAUAGCAAAUCUCGACAAGGUCAUACUGAGCAAGGUGCAAACAGGUGCAGCCUCCGAUGCCACCGACUCAAAUUCGGCGCAUAGCAUGCAGCAUGCCAGCGUGUUGCUGCCGCCAGCCGAUGAACAAGCAACCACAGCAACAACCACAACAACAACAACAACAAGCACAACAACAACCAAUACAGACAAACAAUUGAAUGGCGCUAUUAGUGGCAAUACACAGACAACAACAACUCAGACACAAACUAACAUAAGUAGCAGCGACAGCAGCAACAUGUUGCUGCAACAUACAAACGGCAGCAGCAUUAGUGAGCAGGUCAGCUUUAGCACUGAGAUGCAUGUGGUGCGGCGUAAAAAGGCGCGCAGUGGGCGUGCCCGCAAGCCAAAAACCACAACAACAACAACAACAACACCAACACCAACAACAUUGCCUCUGCGCACACAAAUUGCAACUGCAACGGCAACGGCAACGGCAACGGCAACAGCAACCGCCAACGUCUCUCGUCGUCCAGUGUUGAGUGUGCGCAAGCGCAUUAUCAACAGCCCAGCAGCAACGGCAGCGACAACAACAUUGAUUGGCGAGCUAACAACGACCUCUAAAUACAAUCGGCUGCGUAGCCGUCCAGCGACAACAAUAAGCACAACAACAGCAGCAGCAGCAGCAGCAGCCGCUGCAAGCGUUAAGAGCAACAUUAACUAUUUGAGCAAGCUUAAAACGAAAACUGAACCAUCAAAGUUAUUGCUUGCUACAAGCAGCGACAGCAACAACAACAACGACAUAACACAAAAGACGCAGCAACAUAAAUUUCAAGCAGCGCUGCGACGCCAAUUUCAGACGCGUCGCUUGACAACAACAGCGCCUUUGGCAGGUGCCGACGAGAGCGUUACAGAGCUGCCACGCACACAAAAUCCGCUGUUCAAGCGACGCUUUACCCUAACCUCAACCACAACAACAACAACAACAUUGCCGCGAAUUACAAGCACUGCUUUGCCCUUGGAUACAACAACGCUGCUGUAUGGCCUGGAGGAGGAUGAGGAUCAGGUAGCCAAGUCUAGCAUACAUACAAGUCGCUUCAAUCAAAUACCAGAGCUAGCAAGACCGCGCAGCAGCAGCAGCAGCAGCAGCACCACAACAACAACAGCAGCACCAACUGACGCUGCAGCAGCAGCGCUGCUCAAUGGCACACGUCGCCAGUUAAUACCCAGACCACGUCGACCACAGUCUUCGUCAACUGCAUUGGAGACAACGACCAUGGAGCCGGCACCACCAGCAGCGCGUCGCCAGCAGAGCCGUCGUCGGCCACACAAGUAUAUCGAAGUCUAUAGCCGACCGCCUAGCAAGCCAGUUAGUGUUGAAUCAACGCCUAAGCAAGCACAGCGAAGCCAGCAGCUGGCCAACAAUGACUACGACUAUUACGAUGAAUCACAGCAGCAGCAGCAGCAGCAGCAGCAGCAGCAGCAGCAGCGGCGUCGCAGCAGCCAGGCCCAAUCCUCAGUGCGCACCAAAGCCAACUCGCUGUCAAGUGCCAGCAGCCAGCAGGCGAAGGUAAUUGUGCAUGGGCGUGGCAUAAUUGAAUGCCUGGAUCAGGGCAACUUUCCGCAUCCGCUGAGCUGUCGCAAAUUCAUUUCAUGUGCGCGCUUUGAGGAAACCGGCGGCAUUGUGGGCUGGGAAUAUACCUGCCCCAAGGGCUUGGGCUACGAUGGAGUCAGCGGCAUGUGCACUUGGGCGGUGCCGACUCAAGGUCGCGCCUGCCAUGGCUAAGGCGCAAACACUGACUGAAUUUAAAGCCCUGCCCCCCACUAGCGAGCAAGUGCUCAAA